AACAGUCUACCAUGUUUUCUAGGUCUGGUUUGAGACUGAUAAGAACGAACUGGUCCUAGCACAGCUACUUUGUAUGGAUGCAGGAGAAUACAGGCCCAAAUUGUCCAAGUGUCACGAGAUGGGAGGCUCACAGGAGUGGAAACACCGCGGAUCUAAUGCCAGUCCUAUAUAUAACCUGGCUGCUGGUACUUGCCUCGCUGCAGAUCAUCUCUCACUCAAUUCUCACAUUGUCAUGGAUAUAUGUGUCAACAAGGGACUCAAUCAGUGGGACCUGGUGCCGGUAACCACUUAGGAUCAAAGUCAUGUGUUUUAUUUUUCUACAUUUGUACUUGUUAUUUAUAAUAAAAUAUUUAACUGUCA